AUGGAAUCCAAAAGAGGCUUCUCUUUCAGAUCAAUCCUCUUCCACUCUCUGUGGACAACUCUCACAGGAAUCCUCUUAUUCACUCUCUCCACCACCAAAAGACACAACUUCGGUUACAUCAAAUUCUUUUCCAUAUGUGGAACAUUGCUCAUUACCUUACCUUGGAUCAUCCAACUUCUGGUCACUUCUGCUGUCAUUAUACUGCAUAGGACCAGAGGUUACAACCUCAUGUGGAUUGUUCAGCCACCAAAACCCAAAGAGAAUCAUCUCAACAACAAUGUCGUCACUAUCUCUUCUUCUUCAUCUCCUCUUCCCUCUCGCCAGGUUGUGAAGAAUGGCGACACCGAUGGGCUCGAGAUUAGGAUUGUCAUUGCAAGUCCAAAGGAUGGAUCCCCUGCAACUCUUUUGGAGAUUGAAGGAAGAAGAAACACCAAACUUCUCACAAAUGGAUCACCUGUUGCUUAA